AUGGCUUCCAUGAAGGCCGUCGCCCUCCUCGGCGUCGCGGUGAUGGCGUCGUCCCUUCUCGCGGCUGAGGGCCGCCACAUUGCCCGGAAGGACCUGGGCGUCGGCCUCGGGGUCGGCACCGGCGGCGGCCUGGGCGUUGGCACCGGUGGGGGCCUGGGGGUUGGCACGGGUGGCGGACUGGGUGUCGGCUCAGGGAUCGGCGUCGGCGUCGGCGGUGGCGCCGGCGCCGGCAGCUCUACGUCCGGGUCGGGAUCCGGGUCCUACUCCGGCUCGGGGUCGGGAUCAGGGUCUGGCUCUGGGCCAUGGUCCGGCUCUAGGUCCGGCGCGGAGUCGACGUCACCCGGCGGAUCCGGCGCAGGCUCGUACGCCGGGUCAGGAGCCGGCUCCAACGCGGGGCCCGGCGGCGCGGGAUCGUACGCGGGCUCGAGAGCUGGCUCGUACGCAGGCUCUAACGCCGGAGGAGAGGGCUCGUACGCCGGCUCGUACGCGGGGUCCGGCGCUGGCCCGCACGGCGGCGGCUCUGGUGCUGACUCUGACGCCGGCUCCUACGCUGGCAGCGGGCAUGGCAACUGA